AUGACCUCCGCAUCGGAUGAGCCUAGGGCUCCCGUUGAUGGUGAGUUCCAACAUCUCCCUUAUGUGCAGGAUCACAAGUCCCACGCCGCGCCUGGCGCGGACACCGGCCGAUAUCGCACGGAAGCCGUGGCGAACGACCAGAGCAACUUUGCAGUCCCGGCUACGUGUGCUGCCAGCGGAAACGCCCCCUCCCCGCCCUCCGAUAACGACGAGCGCCCGGUCCGCAAGCAGCUGAAGGAGACCUCCAUCGACCCCUCCAAUAAAAUGAGCUCUUCUGGAGAUACGUCUUCCGUCGCGUCGGCCCCGGAACAGGGCAGCGGCAGGAAGCGAUCGUUUGAGGAGGUCCGCGGGGAUACCGACGACGUAAUCGAGAACGGCGAUGGGCGACGGAAGCGAUCGCGCGAGUGCACCCCAGUGGAGAUCGCGAAGGAGGAGAGUUUGGUAGUCUCCGCAACAGACAACAUUGUCGAGGUGCCUGAGGUCACCGUCAUCUCGGACUCGGACUCGGACUUUGAAUCCGGAGAGGAGGCUCAGGCGUCGAUAGCAGCUCGCGUCCGACAAGCAAGCUUCGACUGUGUCCACGCUUCAGUACCGCGAGCACUUUUGGAUGCCGAGAAACGAGCGACCACCGACGCGACGAACGACGAUGCCGCGAAGGCGCUGAAGAAAAAGCGGAGCCUAGAACAGCUUGAGGAAGAAGGCGCGCAGAAGUCAGAGGAGGUGGAGAAGAAACGACACCGUGACAAUUCCCAGGAGCGCGAGACACAAACGAACAAGGCUUUCGCUCAAAGCGCAUUUGCAAAUAUGGCUGCGGCCUCCCCUUUCGCUUCACUCGGUGGUUCGUCCUCGACUACUGAGAAGCCCACGUCGACCUCUGCAUUCGCAUCCUCUGCUCUGAGUUCCUUCGCGGGCUCUGAGAGUUCCCCUUUCGGCACCCUCGGUGCAAUCACUCCAUCAGUCUUCAAGUCUUCCGGCUCCAGCAAGACUGGCUUCGGCUCUUCUGGACCUUCCGGCUUCGGUUCCCUGACAAGUGGGUUUGCUGGUGUUGGUGGCGGCUUUGCGGCUGCAGGCAAGUCCGGCGGUUUGACAAACUUCGCGUCUCCAAACGCCCCUGCGACCUUCGGCGGGGAGUCCAAGUCAAAGGCAAUCGGCGCUGAAGAAUCCGAUGAUGAAGGAAGCGAUAGUGACGGCGGUGAAGAGAACAGCACAUUUGAGGCUGAUAAGACCGACGAGCGCUUCUAUGAACAGACGAUCGAGACUGGCGAGGAAGAGGAGGAGACGAUAUUUGCUUGCAAGGGCAAGCUCUUCCAUUUCACGAGCGGCGAGUGGAAGGAGCGUGGUGUCGGUACUUUCAAGGUCAACGCCCGCAAGAAUGACGCCGACAAGCAGACUGGCCGCAUGAUCAUGCGUGCCGAUGGUGCGCUACGCGUCAUGUUGAACAGCCCUGUCUUCCAGGGCAUGACCUUCGGUGAUGCAAAGAAUGAAGAACCAACAACCAAGCAGAUCCUCCUUGCAAGUAGUGAGGAAGGCCGCACUGUGCCUUUGUUGUUGCGCGUUGGAAACGAAGCUCUCGCGAAAGAUCUCUACGGUGUCAUCAAAGAUCUCCUCAAUGACGAGUGA